AUACUGAAGCAUGCUGAAAGCCAUGAACUAGAAGGACUCUACAUAUCGGUGCCACAACCUGCCCAAGUUGUUCCAGAUCAGCUGCAGGAUCAACUACAGGAAGAGCCGCUUGGAGAACAGGAUACACAGUGGAAUGGAAUUUAUGCAGCUGUUACUAAUUUUAAAGAGUGUUUACAGGAGGUGUGUGCAGACCACAUGGGGAGGCUGGUACAACAAGUGUGGUCUACACAGACCAGCUACCCCAUAUCGCCACCUAAACUGUGGGGAAGUUCAUUGCAGCCUCUGAUUCCACGGAUACGAGCCGAGUUCCUUCAGUAUCUCCGAGAAGUCACCUUAGACCCCGAAACUGCCCACCACAACUUAUGUCUUACGCAAGGAAACCGCAGAGUUCUGUGCAAGCUGCAGCCUCAGGCUUACUCAGACCAUCCUGGACGCUUUGACCAUUAUACCCAAGUACUUGGCAGGGAGCCAAUGAGCCAUGGAAGACAUUAUUGGGAGGUCCACCUGUCUGGAAAUCGAGUAAGCUUAGGUGUCACCUAUCAUAACAUCUCUCGAAAAGGUCACCAGAGCUACUGCUUGGCUGGUAGAAAUUCAAAGUCUUGGUGCCUGGAAUGGAGCAGCAGUCGCUGUUAUGCAUGGCAUGAUGGUCAGAGAAUCUUAGUAGCCACAGGACUACAGGAGAAACUUGGCAUAUUUUUGGACUGGGAUGAGGGUAGUCUGUCCUUCCAUGAGGUAUCAGAUGAUAUGCCACUUCUUCACCAGUUCAAUGCUUCCUUCAUGCAACCAUUAUAUCCCAUAUUUUAUGUCAGC